AAUGACCGCAUGGGAGGUAAUACUUGCCCCAAAGCUUUUAUGAGCUUAGAUAAUGAUGAUUAUGGCUACAGUGGGUUCCAAACUCUCCUAUCAUCACAAACCAACCCCGUAAGAAAAUGUAUUUGCUACACUGUAAGAGGUAUUGCUUAUAACAUUACAUAG